CUCUGUCAACAUCUCACUUCCAUUGAGUGUGUGUCAUGUGCUUGUGUUUUCAGCACAAAAGAGUUGACUCUGCCAUUGAAUUUACAAACAUCAACAUCAACAGCAUCUUCAAAACCUCCAUUGACCACUACAGAAAUCCCAAUCGAGUCUUCGACAACAACACGACAGCACACCUAAUUUCAACAAACCAACAAAACAAACAAAAUGGCCGUCCAAUCCUCCCUCCCGCCCGACCUCUUCGACCAAACCACAAUCAUCUCCCUCCUCUCCACCCUCGCCAUCGUCCUCGUCGCCUACUCCGUCUCCCGCAUCGCCCUCCCGCGCGCCUCCACCACCGCCACCGUCCGCUUCCUCUUCAUCUGGCACCUCGCCGACGCGCUCUGCCACUUCAUCCUCGAGGGAAGCUUCCUCUACCACUGCUUCUUCUCGUACAUCCCCGCCAGCGAGGUCGGCGACCGCCUGGCCGACUUGGUGCCCACGCCGUAUAAUUUCCUGGGCUAUGAGAAUGGGCGCGUGUAUGGGCCGCAGAGCGGGGGGGAUAACCCGUUUGCGCAGCUGUGGAUGGUGUAUGCGAGGGCGGAUAAGAGAUGGGCGGGAGCUGACUUGGGCGUUAUCAGCCUUGAGCUUUUGACCGUCUUCUUCGAUGGGCCCCUGGCUGUGUACAUCUGCUAUCUGCUUGCCAAGAAGAACCCCAUGGCCAACAUCUGGAUGAUUGUCUUGGCGACUUGCGAACUCUACGGAGGCUUCAUGACUUUUUGCCCCGAGUGGCUCACCGGCAACAUCAACCUCGAUGGCAGCAACUUCAUGUAUAUGUGGGUGUACUUGGUCUUCUUCAACAUGCUUUGGGUCUUUAUCCCGCUGUUUGCGGUUGUGUAUUCGAUUCGUGACAUUUCCAAUGCUUUUGCUGUUCGACAGGCUGCGACACAGACCCGGAAGAAGCUUUGAGCGAUGGGUGAGGGUAUCUCGACGUGAGCGUGAAAGUUUAAUUCUCGCAGUGAGUUGGAAAUACUGUAAAGGCUUGAAUAUGGCAUGAUACAAAUCGCAUUAAUUUAGCAAAGGAAUCUGAGGUGUAUUACAGUCACAUGGAGGCAAAAUGGCAAGAUAGGUCGAAUUGUUUGUAUUAUAGAGUUCUCAUAAGGGUAUCGACUAUUCGUCUCUCAAGACGGGUAGAAGCAAAAGUGUUGUCGUCAUCGUUCCCUCUCACUCAGUCCAUUUAGAUGGCCUGCUUGUGGGCCUCGCCCUUGGCGUCGUGCUUGGACUCGUCCACCUUGUCACCGAGAGCGUCCUUGGCAGCGGAGGCAC